AUGUUUUCAAAAGUGGUUUCAUGUCUUCUAUGUCUAACGAUAUCCAUAACUGCAGCCUUUGCAUUCUCGGAGUCCUCGAAAGAAAUUCUUGAAGCUGCGCAACGAGAUGGAAUUGAUUUACUGGCAUUUAACUUCACAACAUCAGCAUUGAAGUCUAUUGAUAAUAUUUUUUCUGCUAACCAGAGCAUUCCCACGGUCUCAAACAACACUUCCCACCUGGACGUCAGAAUUGAUACUCAUGCACACGCGGUUCCGGAUUGGUAUCGUCAGAUUGUACCAACGAUUGCUGGUCAACCAACUCCAUUCUGGAGUAUUGAGGCUGAAUUCGAAUUCAUGAAAAGCUUAAACAUCACGCAUAGGGUAUUAUCCAUAACAACACCUGGUUCAACAGUUUACUCUGGGGAUCGAGAGGCAUCCGUGGCAUUAGCACGACUUCUUAACGAAUGGCAAGCAGCUCUUGUUCGAACGUAUCCAAAACAAUUUUCUUUCGUUGCUACAAUUCCUUUGCCAUAUACCGAAGAAUCCAUUGUGGAAGCAACUUAUAGUAUAUCAAAGCUUAACGCAGUUGGCAUCAUCUUGCUUUCUAAUCACGAAGGAUUUUAUCUGGGAAACUCAAUCUUUCAACCAUUCUACCAAACUUUGAACAGUCUCACGAAUGAAAGACAUACUAUAUUCGUGCACCCCCAUACUCCCUAUCUACGCUAUAAUGGUGUUUUGAUCGAGGCGAACCCUACAAUUUACCCCCCACGGCAGGUGGAAUUUUAUUUCGAUACUGCUAGAACUGUGAUGGAUCUCUUUCUAUCUGGAACCGUACAGAAUUUCACCAAUAUACGCUAUCAAGUUGCUCAUGUCGGCGAUUCGUUUCCCUCGGUCAUCGAUCGUUUCCUGUCAUCUAGUGCUGAAAAUGCUAGUGAUAUUUAUCACACGUUACAGACGAGAUUUUGGUGGGAUACUGCCGGACCGACAUUUCCUCAUCAAGUACUAGGAUUGGUGGCGUAUGAUGUUCCUAAGACUCAGCUUACGUUUGGAACCGAUUGGCCAUUCAGACGUAACCAUGAGGCUAAUGUUGAAGCUAUGCUGAACGCACCGUUCUUAAAUGAGGACGAUUUGGAUUGGAUUUUGGCGAAAAGUCCAAGGAGACUUUAUGAUAUUGGGCCACUUUAG